GGCUUCACGGAGCUAAUGGCUUGCUCCGCGCUCCUGCCUCCAAUUUUGAAAUUCUUUUGGUUUUUGUGAGAAAUCGAAAACAUUUUUUUAAUUAUACUGCGAAUAAUACUAAUAAUAUCAUUAAUAUACUUAUAAAGUAACGAGAUAAUCAUGACUUACAGUUCUACUCAUAGAUUUCUAUUAAGAUCAGUGGCUAGUUGUGGUGCACUCACUCUUGAAGAAACCAAAAGAUUGUUAAUAAACGCAUCAGCAUCAGAAGAAGAUUUCAUAAUUCAAGAUUUAAUAAGUGAGAUCAAUGAAAAAAUAAGACCAUUCCAACAAACAAUAAAAAUAGUUAGUGAUGAAUUUACCAACGAGGAGGUUGUUGUAUUCUUAUCCCUUGGAUAUGAUGAUGCUACAAAGUCACAGAACAUAUUUUCGGCUACGGAGUUGGAAUACUUCAGGAUACUGUUGGAGAAAAUAAUGACAACUGAAAGCAGACAAGUAACGAGUAUACAUGCAUUGAACUUAGUUAGCAAUAUGAAGUUGUCAUUCACCAAAACUGAUGCCCAGAGGCUCCUGAACACUUGGUGUAAAAUGCACUACUUGGUCAAAAAUGAUUCCAACUAUGCUUUAGGAAUUAGAGGAAUUUACGAAUUUGAGGGCUACUUACGUGAGAACUUACCAGACUCUAUUGAGGAGUGUUGUCUUUGUAAAAAUGUUGUGUACAGGGGCUACAAUUGUCCAGGGUGUGCAGUCGCUAUACACACUCGCUGUCUGAAUCGCUACUUAGAGAAAGUGGAGAAGUGGCCGUGCUGCAAGAUUGACUUUCAUGCUGAUCAGCUGGAGAGGCUUACUUCAGAAAGACUGACACAGAAUUUGACACAAACUCAAACAACCAUACAACAUGCAGAGGAGACAAUGUCUUCUGAAACUAUGAUGGAUGAUUCAGAGAGAGAAAUCCAUACACAAGAUAUUAUACCAGAGAUAUCACAGCGAGUCACUAGGAAGCGAAAGAGGAAUGUUGAAUAGGAAAUACAAGUACCAGAGAGAAACAAAAUACGCUGGUCACUGGACUGCUAAAUACGAAAUGGGAGGUAACCAGAAUCAUUUGUUAGUAGUUAGAAGAGUUGAUUUUGAUAUGUGUUUGAAUAAUGAUAAGUGUUU